AUGUCACUACAAUGGUCAACAGAACACGAUCGCUCUCACGAUCAGCAACAACAACAACAGCAGCAGCAACAACAGCAGCAACAGGCUUCACUCUAUCCGGCCCAUGCUUCUUCACUACGACCUCUCCAACCACAUCCUUAUUUACAACCUAUGCCACUAGCACCUUAUCCUCCUCCCACUCAGCAACAUCAACCCCCUUAUGCUCAAUACCGACCAUCAUCAACAUCCAACACUACAUUAUCAUCACACGAUGACAGGCAACAAGAUGUUAAACGUAUGCGUAUCAGCAGAGCAUGUGAUGGAUGUCGACGCAAAAAGAUCAAAUGCGAUACUGCAGGUCCUGGUCAUCCUUGCAAGAACUGUCAAGCAGCCAAGGUCGAGUGUACAUUUAACGAUAGCGCCAAGAAGCGUGGUCCUCCGAAAGGAUACAUUGAAGUAUUGGAAAACAGGCUGAAACGAAUGGAGCGUAUAUUGGGUGGUUUGGCAGAUGAAGAUGAAUCCAACAAUAAUACGGCAGAUGAAUCCUCUUCAACGACACGACGUCGCAGUAACAACAACGCAGUUGGGAAUGAAAAUGACGAUCACAGCACCCUCAGCAGUAAUAGCAGCAGCAACAACAGCUAUAAUAACCACGGCCCAGGAAAUGGCACCUGCAGUACCAACAAUAAUACAACAACAACAGCGACUCCGGUUCCUGAAAAGGGCAAAAAAGUUGCCGUCGCCGAACAAGAGCGGAUAUCGGGAUUAUCAUCCUUGAGCAGUAGUGGCAGCGCACGGUACAUUGGUGACAUGAGCCCCUUGCCGUUUCUUGCACAAAAGAUCAAUUUCGAAGACGCACGUGUCGCAUCUCAUAUCGGCUUCAAGGUGCGAAAGUUUGGGCAAAGCUUGGUCAUGUACAAGGAAGAUGAGGAGGGUCAAAAUGGCAACAUACGCUUAUUGCAGCAACUCGGCAAACUGAAACCCGGGCAGACCAUCAAUACAAUGAACGAUUGGAUCUAUACUGUGGCUGGAAUUGAUAAAAUGACAAGCGACAGGCUGAUGAAAGUCUACUUUGCUUAUAUUCAUCCUGGUUUACCUGUCGUCAAUAAAAUUCUUUUUCUCAAGCAAUAUCGACGGCAAUUGGGCGAUUAUCCAUCACCACCACUCCUCAACUCCAUAUAUGGCGCCGCUGCACGCUAUAUCGAGACAUGUCGGAUAUUCGACGACAAGGUGCUUUCCGAUAUUCCCAUAUCCAACAUGAAAGAAGGAUGGUCCGAGAGCCUAUUCGACAACCUAUUGACCUAUCUCAAAGGACGCUAUACAACUCCAUGCGUUGCUACAAUACAAGCUCUCGUCAUUAGUCAAUACCAUCGCGCAAGUCUCGAUGAAAAGAUGGCAAGUGGAUGGCUCUUGAACUCUGCUGCAACGCGAAUGGCACAAGAUCUUGGAUUACAUCGAUCGAGUGACAAUUGGGACAUUCCAGAAAGUGAAAAGGAGACUCGAAGGCGUGUUUGGUGGUCCGUCUACAUCCUUGACAAGUGGUCAGCAGCUGCAACAGGUCGCCCACAAACCAUCUUUGACGAGGAUUGUGAUGAAAUUUAUCCAAAUGAGAGUGCCAAUAUGGAUGAAGUUAUGGAUACCCCGUUAUCUGAGGGUGACGAUUAUGAAAUGCGAUUUCCCUCACUGGAUCGAAGCAUUGCACAAAAGGUCAAAGGAGAUCGGAUCCCGAUUUAUCAGCCGUUUGUGCAACUUGUCAAACUGUCCGAAAUCUUGGGUCGCAUUCUGCAAGGCCUUUAUACACCAAGAGCAAAACGACACAGUGCGGAGCAUGGCAGUGAUGCGAUUGUGACCUAUUUGGAUAAUACACUAUCAGAGUGGCGUGCUAGUCUUCCACCCUCCCUGCAAAUCUCAACCACCAAUGUACGACGUCUUGAUAGCCAUGGCCAAUCACCUUUAUUAUCCAUGUCAGGCAUCAUGUAUCUCACCUAUUGUACACUCUUAAUUCUCUUGCAUCGGCCCUUUAUUGAGAAGGAUGAGGAUGGGACUCGAUUAUCAAUGUCUUCUUUGACUAUUUGUACCAAUGCAGCAACUCGAUGUGUGGACAUUGCUGAAAAGAUGCAUUAUCGUGAUUUCCUUUUGGUGUCUUGGAACUUUGCAAUCUAUCCAAUCUUUACAGCCUCAUUGAUUCACAUUUACAAUGCUGGAAGCACUGAUACGAUUGUGGCGGAUGUGGCAAAGGCAAACCUUAUUCGAUCCAUGAGCGUGAUCAAACGUCUCUCCAAAUUAUCGCCUGGAGCAUGUCGAUUAUAUGAGGUGUUGAAAAAGUUGAUGGAGACACGCAACAUUUCGGUGGAUGAAGGUGACGUUUCUGAAAAUGAAAUGAUACAGCAGCAGCAGCAGCAGCAGCAAAAGAAUAAACGCAAAAAGCGCACUAGUAAAACAACUCGUCAACAACCUACUCAUUCAUCACCGCCACAACCUACCCCACAACGACCACAGCCUGCAGCGGCAUUACAGUCUGUGACACAAUCCAAUACGGUCGGCAUUGAAGCACAAGGAGAGAUCAAUGAUGAAUAUCAAGCCACGAUACCUUCACGUGGAAAUGGAGUUGACGGAUCAUCACCUUUAAGGCUCACAACAACCACACCUUCAGGGAGUCGUUCAUCCGAUGCUGAUCGUCCAAGUAGUGGUGGAUCAACGCCAACAUCGUUUAUCAAUGGCGAAUGGAUCAAUGGUUUAUACUCAUCCAUGGAACCAACAUCAUCAGCAACAGCUGGAGGUGAAAUACCAGGAUCAUCCGAUAAUGAUGUGCAUUCCCUUCGCCAAUUUGGUCUACCAAUGGAAUCCAUGUUUCCUACCGUGGAACAAGUUCAACUCCAACAGCAACAACAACAACACCAACAGCCCCUACAAAUGGCUGGCAGCAUGAUGCUUCCUCUAAGUUCAGCCGAUAGUUUCUUGUUUGGUAUCCCUGACUUUGGGUUCACAAUGGGACAGCUACAACAACAACAACAACCAGCAGUCGUUCCACCCUAUUCUUCCUCCAAUGUAUACGCCCCCGAAACAUCAUCCACCAACAACACUACAACUGCUGCUUGUGAAAACCAUUUCCGUAAUCGACCCGACAAUCCAUUCUGGUCCGUACCAAGUAGCUUGGAAUUGGAUGAUUGGACAGCGUAUCUAUUACCCCAACAACAGCAGCAACAACAGCAGCAGCAACAACAACAACAAGCAUCAUCCUCACAACAACAUCAGCCUGAAAAUCAACAACAAUGGAGGCCGUCUGAAGGCUGGAUGUAA